AUGGACAAACGCAUUUCUCAAGUCCUGGCUGGACUCAGGCAGCUGCCAAUUCGCGCUCUACUCCUAGAUUUCUGGAGGGACCCGAGAAGGCGCCUGGAAUUGUCGGCUGUCACUCUCGCCGCGUAUCUACUCCUUCAACGGUCAUUGCGAUACCGACGGCUAAAGCGCCUGCAAAAGGUAUACCGAAAGUAUACAACACGCGAGGAGAUGGCCUCAAUGACGGACCACGAUGCCUGGAAGAUCCAGAAAGAGAUGCUGGUGAUGGAGUUUCCGUCGGCCUCGCUGAAAGCGCUGCAAUUUGCUUUGUUCAGGACCUACGGCAUCCCAACAAUAUCCAGCCUCCUGCUCAAAACAUCCCAGUUCUCCAACCCGGCUACCUCCUUUAAGCGCUACGCUGACACGGGUGCCCUGAUCGGCCAGUUUAUGGCCUUUGAGCCGUCGUCCGAACGGGCGCAAACGGCCAUUGCUCGCACCAAGUUCCUACAUGUCGGGUACCGGAAUAGCGGGAAGAUCCUCGAAUCUGACAUGCUCUACACACUCAGCCUGUUUGCGCUUGAGCCGAUCCGCUUUAUUGAUAUGUUUGAGUGGCGGUCGCUCAGCGAACUUGAACAGUGCGCCAUCGGCACUUACUGGAAGAGUCUCGGCGAUGCGCUGGGGAUCAGCUUCGCAGAUCUACCGUCAGGACCGCACGCGUUCCGGGACGGUUUCCAUUUUCUGGAGGAACUGCGCGCAUGGAGUCUCAAGUAUGAGGAGGAAUACAUGAAGCCGAGUUCAUCAAAUCAAGAAGUUGCAGAUAAAACGAUGGACGUGCUUGUUUAUGCGUUGCCGCGAUUCUUGAAACCAAUGGGAGUAAAGUUUGCGACAUGCAUGAUGGAUGAUAGGUUGCGAGAGGCGAUGAUGUACCAAUCGCCUUCUGCUGCGUACAAGAAGGUAUUCUCCUCGUUGGUCGCCAUCCGCAAGUUCUACCUACGCUAUAUAGCUCUACCCAGACUCAAUUUCCAGCGAAUUGACAUUUUCACCGACGAGCCGAACGAGUACGGGCGCUACUAUGUUAAUAUCUAUGAAGCUAUCCCAUACUAUGUGAAGCCGACAAUCUGGAACCGCUGGGGCCCUGGAGCAUGGGUUCGCUGGGCGAUGGGCAUGCCGCUCCCAGGCGAUGAUGACGACAAAUACUAUCCCCACGGCUUUGACCUCGAAGAUCUAGGCCCCAAAUACUUUGAGGGCAAAGGGCGUAGAUCCGUGGCUGAGAUACGGGAACUGUUGAAGAAAAAGCGACGAGGGCAGGCGCCCUUUGUCCCUGAUCUUCCAAGCGUCGAGGAUGCGAAGUAUGAAGUCGUUGACCCGGACUCGCCUGUCGCAUAG